AUGGAGCACCUGGAUGAUUAUCAGACCGCGGACCCUGCGAACACCAAGGAAACGUCGAACGUCGACGAUGAAGACGGUUUCGAUCUCGAUGAUCUCCUGCCGAUUGUCGGCGAGUUCGGUCGAUAUCAAAAGAAACUUCUUUGGCUGGUGUGUCUUCCGGCGUGUCUUCCGUGUGGAUUUUGCGCCUUCAAUCAACUGUUCAUGGCCGACACGCCACCCCAUUGGUGCAAAGUGCCAGGUUUGGAAAGUCUGGAUGUAUCCCGUCGACGAAGACUCGCGAUUCCAACCAGUCAGGACGACAACGAAACGUACAGUCAAUGCACACGGUACGACAUCAAUUGGACAGCGGAAAAUAUUUCCGUCGAGACGGCACCAUUCUCUAUGCCAAAUACAUCAUGGCCCGUCGUUCCCUGUGAUCACGGUUGGGAGUACGAUAUGUCGGAUAUAACAUCCUCCAUUGUAAUUGACUUCGAUCUGGUUUGCGAUCAUGCGAUUUAUCCAACGAUUGGCCUGGUCGCCUUGAACACAGGUGGUCCUAUAGGGGUGUAUCUGUUCGGUACGCUGAACGACAGAAUCGGUAGGAGGCUGUCUUUCUUCACUUGUUUGGCGACUCUGAUCACAGGUGGAUUUCUAACAUCGAUAUCGAACAGCUUCUGGACAUGGGCGGCGACGCGCGUUGUCGUGGGCUUGACUAUACCGGCUAUUUAUCAAAUACCAUUUAUCAUAUCUCUGGAGCUUGUCGGGCCGAAUUAUCGGUCGUUCGUCACGGUAAUGACUUGCAGCUUUUAUACAAUGGGUCUGUGUAUGCUGGCCGGCGUAACGUACUUGAUAAGAGACUGGCGAACGCUAGCCAUAACUACGAGCGCUCCGUUUCUCUUAUAUUCGUUGUAUUGGUGGUUCCUGCCGGAAUCACCAAGGUGGCUGCUGGCGAAAGGUCGCUUGGUCGAAGCGAAUGAUAUCCUCGAGACCCUGGCGAAAGUUAAUGGGAAAGAAGAGGAGAGAUUACGCAACGGGCCCGGCGUUCUCUCUCUCUUCAAAACGCCGAACAUGCGUUUGAAGACAUGCUUGAUCACCUUAAAUUGGUUUGCCAAUAACAUGGUGUACGUCGGUUUGUCGUAUUACGGGCCGGCAUUAGGGAACGAGGAACAUCUGAGCUUCUUCUUCUCAUCCCUCGCAGAAAUUCCCAGCUACAUGGCAUGUUGGGUCGUGAUGGAUCGAUGGGGUCGACGAUGGCCACUUUGUUUGUGCAUGGUCGUUGCUGGAGUCUCUUGUAUCGCCACCGUUCUUCUCUCAUCCGACGCCGUAGCGGUCACGCUGAUUCUAUUUCUUUUAUCGAAAUCCGCGAUAUCGGCCUCUUUUCUAAUUAUAUAUCCAUUCGCCGGUGAACUUUACCCCACGCAAUUGCGCGGCGUAGCAAUCGGUUUCUCGGCGUACAUCAGCGGUCUAGGGCUUAUCAUCAUUCCUUUUGUUACAUAUCUGGGUAAGGAGAACUUGGUCUUGCCCCUCGUGAUACUGGGAUGCGUGUCGGUGAUUGGUGGACUGUCCGGUCUCCGUUUGCCCGAGACGCUGCAUCAUCGAUUACCGCAAACGGUCGAAGAAGGAGAGCUGUUCGGGAAGGAUUGGACUUGUGCCGACUGCUUCCGUUGCGUUCCAAUAAAACCCUCGUCCGCCGCAGCCUCCUACGAGGAUCUAUCGGCCCGGGAGACGGUAGAGAUGCACGAGGUACCGGAACCACCGGUUACCGUUCCUCAGAGACUUUUGGAGGAACAACAGAGGCCUAGCGGUGCAAGCGUGCGUCGGUUGGUUCGCCAGUCAAGCGUGAUGGACACGCAACGGGACUCCGACGGAUCCAUUAAAAUGACUUACUGGUUUUAGAGUUGAGUCUUCGUGGUUCAAAUAAAAUUUAAA